AUGCAUUUCAACGUGCUCGUCACAUUAGUCGGGAUCGUCAUUCCCCAAAUUGUCCUUGCUAUUGCCCCAGGCCCUCUGUCAACUUCUGGGCGUUGGGUAGUCGAUGCUAACGGACGAAAUGUGACUUUCGCCGGCGUCAACUGGCCCGGAGCUGCGGAGCCCAUGCUGCCAGAAGGUCUGCAAUAUCAGUCCAUCGAGAAUAUCAUCGGUAAGAUCAAAACACUGGGCAUGAACGUCAUCCGUCUCACCUUUGCCAUCGAGAUGGUCGAUGAUAUCCUAGAGACGGGGCGGGAUGUGUCUAUUAAAGACUCACUUGUGAAGGCCUUGGGGGAAAAGAAUGGCACGAAGGUCUUCAGGAGUAUUGUGCAGCAUAAUCCCCAAUUUGGUGUGAAUACUACGAGAUUACAGGUGUUUGACGCAGUGGCGAACGAAUCUCACCGACAAGGGGUCUAUGUACAUUUGGACAACCAUAUCUCUAAGGCCAUGUGGUGUUGUUCAGGGACUGAUGGCAACACCUGGUUUGGGGACAGAUAUUUCGAUGUGGCCAAAUGGCACCGUGGGUGGCAAUACAUGGCUGAACAUGUUAAAUCGCUCCCGGCCGUGAAAAGUGUCGGGAUGCGGAAUGAACUACGUAAAGCAGAGGAUAAUCCGACCCUAGUCAAUAGAACCUACAACUGGCAGGACUGGUACCACCAUAUGGUGGAGAAUGCCAACCAGAUACAUGCGGCCAAUCCUAACCUCUUGAUUUACUUUUCAGGUCUCGACUACGACACCCGACUCACCCCGAUACCCACCGGCACGGACUUGGGGAACGGCACUGCAUUUCGUAAGGAUGAUUUCGAAUAUGCUGAUAAGAUUGUGCUCGAGCUGCACAACUACGAACGUACAGCGACGAGCUGUGAGGACCUUAAGUCGAGUCUAUGGAAUGCCGGUUUCAAUGCCCUUGACGCCCAGAACUCGAGCAUUGUGAAUAUCAUGCCGGUUCAGAUGACGGAGUUUGGCUUCCCGCAGGACGAUACCACCUAUACGGAUGUGUAUGCCUCCUGUUUGAGGGAAUGGCUACCUAGCCUACAGGCGGGGUGGAUGGUGUGGGUGAUUGCCGGAAGCUAUUAUAUCCGGAAAGGAAUUCAGGAUGACGAUGAGCUAUGGGGACUCCUUGACCAUACUUGGUCGGAUUGGCGGUCAACCGACGCAGUCACCAAUGGUUUGAUACCUAUGGUCCAGGCGACGUUAGGAUAA